AUCGCUGCCGCUGCCCAUCGAUCAGCUGAUUGCCUUGGGAGAAAUUUAUUUAAAUUACUUUGCCCAUUGUUGACCAACUUCCACACCAACACAAUGAUUGAGUCCGAGGCAGAUUCAGAGAGGACCAAACUGAAGCGGGAGAUCUCCGAGCUGCGGGCAGCGCUCAACAGGAAGGAGCAAUGUUUGCGGGAACUGGAGGCCAUGGUUCCUGCUUUAGCCGGAGCAGAAAAUCACGACGAAGGAGAUCCACCAGGAGCUAUAAUCCACACCAAGUUGACCAACGAUGACAUAGCAAGGUAUAGCCGACAGCUUAUAUUGCCGGACUUUGGAGUCCAAGGACAGUUAAAGCUGAAAAACAGCUCCGUGCUGAUUGUGGGCCUCGGCGGAUUGGGCUGCCCGGCGGCACAAUAUCUGGCAGCAGCUGGAUGCGGACACCUGGGACUCAUAGACUACGACGAGGUGGAGCGGAGCAACUUUCACCGCCAAAUCCUGCAUUCAGAAGCGCGAUGCGGCAUGUCCAAGGCGGAAUCGGCCAGGAUUGCCCUGCUGGAACUGAAUCCGCAUUGUGAAAUCCGCUGCCACUCGAGACUGCUUUACAGCCAGAAUGCCAUGCACAUUAUCCGUGGCUACGAUGUGGUCCUGGACUGCAGCGACAACGUACCCACGCGUUAUCUACUCAACGAUGCCUGCGUGAUGCUGCGCAAACCCCUCGUCUCGGGUAGUGCCCUCAAAAUGGACGGCCAGCUGACCGUAUAUAGCUAUGGCAAUGGACCCUGCUACAGGUGCAUCUAUCCAGUGCCUCCGCCCCCGGAGGCAGUCACAAACUGCGGCGAUGGCGGAGUCCUGGGCGCUGUCACUGGCACCAUCGGAGCCAUGCAGGCGCUGGAGGCCAUUAAGGUGAUUGUGGGAUUGGGCGAUGUGCUGGCCGGUCGCCUGCUCAUCUUCGAUGGCACCAGCAGCCUGUUCCGCAACAUUCGCAUCCGCAGCAAGCGGCCCAAUUGUCAUGUGUGCUCCGCCCAGCCACUGAUCACGGAGCUGAUCGACUACGAGAUGUUCUGCGGAAUGCACGCCACCGACAAGGACAAUCCCUUGCAACUUCUGGCGGCGGAUGAACGCCUGUCCGUGGAGGAGUACAGUGAGAAGCUUCAGGCCAAGCCCCACCUGCUAAUGGAUGUGCGGCCAACGGCCGAGUUCGAGAUUUGCCAACUACCCAAAGCUGUGAAUGUGCCGCUGGUCGAGAUCCUAGACGAUAGCUACCUUAAGCGGUUCGCCAAGCAGCUGGAGGACAAGGAGUUGCCCAUCGUCCUGCUCUGCCGACGGGGAAAUGACUCCCAGAUCGCCGUUCAGCAUGUACGGAAUAGAUUCCCCAUGCAUUCCGUUCGAGACCUGAUUGGUGGACUGCACGCCUGGACAAAGAGUGUGGACCCCAGUUUUCCUAUAUAUUAGUCCAACGAAUUAUAUACGUUUGAUUGUAUGUAGAUUUAUUCUUUGUUUAUUUCCUGCAAUUACAUUCGCCUGUUUUGUAAUCACUAUAAUACCAAGGUUGUUUAAUAAAAUGAAUUAUGUAGUUCUGUCUUAUGAAAAA